AUGACUACCGCUGUAUCUUUUGAAAAUCAGACGCAAUCAGCUAAAAUACAACAAUUACAAACUGGUGUUAAUGAUGUUGUUGUUCAAAUGGAAGAAAAUUUAGGUCACUUUCUUAAUCGUGGGGUUAUGCUCGAUAAUUUAGACAACAAAACCGGUCAUCUUCAAAGUACAGCUGGAGACUUUCAAAAGACUGCACGACAAGUCAAACAAAAGUUCUGGUGGAAAAAUGUUACGAUGUGGAUUAUACUUAUUGUUAUCGUUAUUGUAUUAAUCGUUGUCAUUGUUCUAGCUGUAACAUUAUCUAACUGA